AAUUCCUGGGAUUGCCUUAGCUAGCAAGAACAUAGUUCCUGGUUGGUGACAGACAUAAUGUUUUACCGGUUGCUAUCAAUUGCCCGAAGACGAAGAACCAGCCCAGGAUGGCAGAACUGGUCCUCGGCGAGAAACAACACAUCAACUGCUGAGGCACAAUCUAUUACCCUGCCUGCCCAGGCCCAGGUUGUCAUCUGUGGGGGUGGAAUCAUGGGCACAUCUGUGGCCUAUCACCUCUCCAAGAUGGGGUGGACAGAUAUUGUCCUUUUGGAGCAGGGCAGGUUGGCUGCUGGCUCCACCAGGUUCUGUGCUGGCAUCCUGAGCACUGCCAGGCAGUUGACCAUUGAGCAGAAGAUGGCAGACUAUUCAAACAGACUCUACCAUCAGUUAGAGCAAGAAACAGGGAUCCAAACAGGUUACAUAAGGACAGGCUCAAUCUUUCUGGCUCAAACACAGGACCGGCUCAUUUCCUUGAAGCGCAUCAACUCAAGUUUGAAUGUUACAGGCAUCCCUUCAGAGAUCAUCUCCCCAAAGAAAGUGGCUGAACUUUACCCUCUCCUCAAUGUGCACGACCUGGUGGGGGCCAUGCAUGUUCCUGAGGAUGCUGUGGUGUCCUCUGCUGAUGUGGCUCUUGCCCUGGCAAGUGCUGCCUCCCAAAAUGGUGUUCAGAUUUAUGACCGGACAACUAUUCUUCAUAUAAUGGUCAAAAAAGGCCAAGUUACUGGUGUGGAAACGGAUAAAGGACAGAUUGAAUGCCAGUAUUUUGUCAACUGUGCUGGCCAGUGGGCAUACGAGCUGGGUCUGUCCAACGAGGAGCCGGUUAGUAUCCCGUUACAUGCCUGCGAACACUUCUACCUUCUGACUCGCCCCUUGGAGACCCCUCUGCAGAGCAACACACCAACUAUUGUUGAUGCUGAUGGAAGAAUUUAUAUUCGGAACUGGCAGGGUGGCAUCUUGUCUGGGGGCUUUGAAAAGAACCCAAAACCUAUUUUCACUGAGGGCAAGAACCAGCUGGAAAUUCAGAAUCUGCAGGAAGACUGGGAUCAUUUUGAGCCCCUGUUGAGUUCCCUCCUGCGUAGAAUGCCAGAAUUGGAGACUCUGGAGAUCAUGAAGUUGGUGAACUGCCCUGAGACCUUCACACCAGACAUGAGAUGCAUCAUGGGCGAGUCUCCUGUAGUACAGGGCUACUUUGUCCUGGCAGGGAUGAACUCUGCUGGCCUGUCAUUUGGUGGAGGAGCUGGAAAGUAUCUUGCAGAAUGGAUGGUACAUGGUUAUCCCUCAGAAAACGUCUGGGACUUGGACUUGAAACGCUUUGGAGCCCUCCAGAGCAGCCGUACCUUUCUGCGUCACCGGGUCAUGGAAGUCAUGCCUCUGAUAUACGAUCUGAAGGUUCCCCGCUGGGACUUCCAGACAGGUAGGCAGUUGCGCACAUCUCCUUUGUAUGACCGGCUGGAUGCACAAGGAGCCAGAUGGAUGGAGAAACACGGAUUUGAGAGGCCAAAGUACUUUGUUCCACCUGACAAAGACCUCCUUGCAUUGGAACAGAGCAAGACUUUCUAUAAGCCAGAUUGGUUUGACAUUGUGGAGGCUGAAGUCAAGUGCUGUAAGGAAGCUGUGUGUGUCAUCGACAUGUCCUCUUUCACAAAGUUUGAGAUAACAUCCACUGGGGAUCAGGCACUAGAAAUUCUACAAUACCUCUUCUCCAAUGAUCUGGAUGUGCCUGUGGGCCACAUUGUACAUACUGGCAUGCUCAACGAGGGCGGAGGAUAUGAAAAUGACUGUAGCAUCGCACGCCUGAGCAAACGCAGUUUCUUCAUGAUCUCUCCAACCGAUCAACAGGUCCACUGUUGGGCCUGGCUUAAGAAACAUAUGCCGAAGGACAACAACCUGCUGCUGGAGGAUGUCACCUGGAAAUACACUGCCCUCAAUCUAAUUGGUCCUCGAGCUGUAGAUGUGCUGUCCGAGUUGUCCUAUGCCCCCAUGACUCCAGACCACUUCCCAACUCUCUUUUGCAAGGAGAUGAGUGUGGGCUACGCAAAUGGGAUCCGGGUGAUGAGCAUGACUCACACAGGAGAGCCAGGAUUCAUGCUUUAUAUCCCCAUAGAGUAUGCUCUUCACGUAUACAAUGAAGUGAUGAAUGUUGGACAGAAAUAUGGAAUCCGGAAUGCUGGGUAUUAUGCUCUUCGCAGUCUCCGAAUUGAGAAGUUCUUUGCCUUCUGGGGUCAGGAUUUGAAUACCCUCACGACGCCCCUGGAAUGUGGACGGGAAUCCUGGGUGAAAUUAGAGAAGGGCAUGGAUUUCAUUGGUCGGGAAGCUCUGCUGCAGCAGAAACAAAAUGGGGUGUAUAAACGCUUCACCAUGUUCAUUCUGGACGACCAUGACACAGACCUGGACCUSUGGCCUUGGUGGGGAGAGCCCAUUUUCCGGAACGGGCAGUAUGUUGGCAAAACCACCAGCAGUGCCUAUAGCUAUACUUUGGAGCGCCAUGUGUGCCUGGGCUUUGUGCACAAUUUUUCAGAAGACAGCGGUGAAGAGGAGGUAGUAACCACUGAUUUCAUUAACCGGGGAGAAUAUGAAAUUGACAUCGCAGGCCACCGGUUUCAGGCCAAGGCUAAACUCUACCCUGUCACCUCCCUCUUUGCUCACAAGCGCCGAAAGGAUGAUGUGGAGCUGAGUGACUUACAUGGSAAGUAAUGGCAGGGCAAUCUCACCUCCUGUCAUCUGAUCGUAAGGAACAUCACCUCAGAAGCUUCUUUCUUUCCUCUCACCCUGUCCCUGCUUACUAAACCUUUGCUUCCCAUCUCUUACCUCCUUGAUAUAAUUUUAAACUUGACCUACUUUUAAACUUUUGCUUUGGAACCCCUCUUUUCAUCCUAGUUGCAGUCUUCCCUCCUGUUCAGAUUCCCAUGGUGGCAGGAAGUUUAUCGGACAGAGGCAGGCUCCACUUGUGGAAUUGUAAGGUGAAAAAUUCUGUGUCUUAAAACAAGGCAAGCUGGUGUUUUACAGGCCUUAGGACAAGAGUCCAUCUCCCUUGGGCUAAGAUUUCUUGGAGUAACUUGUUUAUUUCGGUGGGGCUCCUGGAAUAGCUUAUGCCUUUUAGGCAGAUCAUUCUGUUCCACUGCGCUAUGGGUUAGUACCCAAUACCUCUAGCAGAAAGAUGAUCAUCUACCUCACUGGUGAGAAGUAUUGCAUGGACAUCGUCUUGACUGUAGCACAGACGAACAGUUAACCUUGCACCAUCCUCAUCUUCCCUCCAGAAUGAAUUCUCAGAUCUUUGGGCCACGGCAGCCUAUUGUUUUCUUUAUCUCUUGUACUCUAUGGUGAGCUUGUUUUUUCUUUCUUAGCAAACAAAUAUGCCAGUGUUAGAGAAAAACCUUGUUGCCUUUUGUGUUGCUUUUCCCAACUGAAAGGGUCUGACUUCAGGAGGUAUACAAUCCUCUAAAAUAUUGCCUUUAAAGUGACCCCUAGCUCAGCCUCACCUCUGCUCACAAACUCAGCAUACACUGCUCUCCCUUUAGAGCAGGGAGGGAAAGUUUAGGUGGGUUGUCUUAGUAUGAAUAGCAAAGUUUGGUUAUUCACCUGAGUGCCAGAGCGCUACUAGAACCCAAGCUCUAUGUCUCCCUGGUGGGGAACAGAGCUGACCAUGUGGCUCCAUUGAGAGUUCUGAGUACAGUGGGUGUAGGUUAGCUGGAGCACUGUUUUCCUUCUACACAGCUGUCCAUCUCUGGCUUUUGGAAUGCAGAUGGCUAAAAGUACCCUGCACAUUUUCAAUCAGUGUCUCUAUUUUCUAAAGGUAGAACUUAGAUGUCAGACUAUAUAAAGAUGUCACACUAUAUAAUAUAGCCCCAAAACGUCACUUCCCCUUUCAUAUGAACAAACUGCUAUUAGAAAUUUUAAUUCAGCUGUAGCCUCGCUGUCUUGACAUCUUGGAAGCAUACAUUUUGUUAAUUCUAUAUUAAAGGAGAUCCUUUCAUUUAGAGCAACUUAAAAUUCUCAGGUGUCCACUUGCUCUGCUAUUUMUGUGGGAUCUGUUACCCACUCAGACCAGUUUGACAAUUCCUACUUGAUGACAGACUUCACUGUCCCAUCUUUUUUGGGUGGAAGGGGUCUUAAUUGAUUUACUCUAAGYGCAUAUGAUUAGAGCAAAUGUGUAUUUAGCCAAGACAUGCUGCUUCUGUGCUGGAAAACUAAGCAGGGGAACAGGAGCUAUUGGACUUAGGAGAGCAGAAAGAGACCUUUAGCAAAGGAGCUGGCUGACAUACUUUCCACCCUCCAAACUCCUCUUUGUAAAUGAAAAUUUACUUGGAAUUAAAUCAAAAAAUUCUUGGUUUAUACACAGACAGUAUGUGAAGAUAAAUUUGCUCUUUAACUGUUACAUAUAGAAAGUGUGUUAACCAUGUAUGAUGUUCCAAAUUGGAUAAAAGCAAAUCCUUUAGUUUAAAAUUGGGGAAUGCCAUUCUGUCAUUCAAACAGAAAUAUUAUCAGAAGUGUAUUCACUGUAGAUUUUAGGACUUGAUUUCUAGCUAAUUAUUGUUAAAUUAAUUUGCUUCCUCCUUAAGUAGGAGGGAAUAUCUGAUGAUGUAUCCAAAACAGUCACUGCAUGUUUUAACUAGGGAAAUCCUUACCUCCUAUUGCUGAUAUCACAAUCCUCUCCUUUUGAGUCAACAGGCAGUACUAAUCUUGCUGGGAGGGGAUGAUGGAACAGGACAAGUGCUUUGAAAAACCUCCUCCAUAAGUAGCAGCCRUACUCCUAGGACUCUGGUGAGGUGCUGAUCUUUUGAGCCUUCAGUGCCCUACAUGGAAAAUUUUCUUUGUCACUUUAAGAAUAUCCUCUCGGUUCAAACAUAGGUAUUAUAAAUCUAAAUUUUUAAAAAAUUUGGUCCUACUGUGAGUGCUCUGAACAGACUGUUCCCUAGCAUAACUACUUUGCCUCUGUGUCAUAAGCAUAAUAGAUGUUACAAGCAUUCUGGGCUCUUAAAUAGUCAGUAGAAGCAUUAGAUCUUGAGGUAUGGCUGUAGGAAAAAGGCCCAACAACCAAAACAUCAUUUAGUAUAUCACUUUCUCCUUGGAUGGAUGGUGGUGCUAUAUAGAUUUGCCUGGAGUGACACCUCACCCUAGGAAGCCAGUUAGUUUGAGGAAUUGUAGACUUUAGCUUUAGGUGGUUGCAUACUUUUUUCUUUCUGUGGUGGUGGGGCUUUUAUCUUGYCAGCAAAUUAUUGUUGAAUCCAGGAACGAAAAUUAUGUUGCCCUCAAAAGAGAUCACCCAGUGUUGCAAAGUUUUUUAAUCCUUGUCCUUGAAAUAUCUUUAAGUACUUCCUCUGGCUUUCUGUUAGUAUUGUGUCCAUCCACAACAAUAUAUUUUUUUUAACAUGGUGCUGAGGAUCGAACCCAGUGCCUCACACAUGCUAGGCAAGAGUUCUACCACUGAGCUACAACCCCACCCCCUGGCUCCUUGUGCCAUAGGAAAUCCUGUUUCUCAGCACUGCCGCAGUCACUUGAAGCUGCAUUGGAAAGAUUUCUCUGCCAUGGGCACUGAAGUCAGAAAGUUUUAAGAGCAAAAAGGGAUAAGAGCUAACUGCUUUGUCUACUUGGUAUCAUUUAAUCUUGUGUGGCAGUCACAUAGCAACUUCUCGUGGGCAGAACAGGCUCCAAAAUGAACAGUUACCACUAUAUUUCUAGUAUUCUUCCAGGGGUCUCUCCACCUGCCUAAUGUGGAAGAUUCACAUCAGGCCAUGAACACAGGGAUCAAUUAGCUCAUUGGUUAAACCUAGCUUCAUUACUGGAGCCCAGCCACUUCAGCUUGGCUCUCACCUGGAGGGGUGCUAUUCCUGGUUCUCUCUCCUGUACUCACCAAGAAUUUUACCUGCUUGCUUGCUUUUUGCUACCAAGAAAGUAAAACAUGAAAAAUAAAGCUUGAGCUCUCACAGUGUACUCCAUGCAUUUGAAAUGUUAGCCUCUUUCCUCAUGGUUGACAGUGGCAAUAUAGGAAUGAAUGGUAGGAGCUUCCUGAAAGUGUGCUUUGCUUCCUGAGAUGGCCCCGAUUUCUGGUUCUGUUUAUCCUCUGGCAUAUAAACAAAUUUGCUGACAUUUGAAUAUACCCUCAUCAUCCUUAAGAGAAUCUGAGACAGAAGGGAAUCUUUUACAGUGUUAGUACCAGGCCUGGGGUCUAUCCUAGUAGAACAAUUGCAUCAGACUGCUUUCAGAAGUGAGUUACAAGGUUUAUUUCCAUAUCUACUACUUCUAGGCUAGGAUAGUUAACAGGGGUCCUUUUUGAUAUCUAAAAGCUCUGGUCACCAGUGGCUAAUACUGAAGAAUAAUCUUUUGCCACUUUAGGUUUCCUUCUGCAUUCCAUUCCCAACAUGCCUCUCACAAAUACUGAGUAGCAUUUUAUUAAGUUCAAAAUGAACAUCUUUAUCAGCAGGCAUAUGAAUUAAGGAGAAGCAGGUGAAUAGAUUGAAAUGGUAGAUGAAGUAGUUUGCUCUUGGACUUCUAACCACACCAUGUGUACAUGCAGGAAGUGGCGAGUGAGUUCUGAGUCUGAUGGGCAGCACCACAUUCCGUCCACCACCUCUUUUUUUGGCCUCCACUUCAAGGUGCUGAGUUGUAAGGCCCCCGAUUCAUGUCAGAUUGGGACUUGCUAUUAGUCCCUUGUAACUACCAACGCACUGUUUUUCCUAAGAUCGAUUUUUGUCUUUGCCUUCUCAUUGUCCAUUAGACAGAGUUGUUCCCUGUAUAGGAUUCUUGAUUUUCAUGAGCAUAGUGUCUGCAUCUCUUUAAGAAUUAUGCAUUUCUUCACAGGCUAUUUUUCCUCACAUUUAGAUGCACCUGUUUUUAAUCCUUUGCAAACAUCUUCUGCCUCCUUGUUUUCCUGUCCAUGAAGGACAGAAACUAUAAGAGGAGAAGAGAAUAUUUUUAGCAUCUGUUUCACAUCUAUGCCAGGAUUUCCUUUGCACACCAAGAACUGGAGUUUAGAGUUUUUUCUCCGAGCCCAGUUCUAGUGCCUUACACUCCAGAAUGUCAAGUGGCAGAUGAAGGUAAGGAAGAAUGGGAGAAGGAAGGUUCAUUUCAGUCUGUGGGUUUCCUUCACAGCCCCCCCCCCCCA